CGCAUCUGUAUACAGGUGUAGGAAAGUGGUAUAACAAAUCUUACUGAAGCACACCAGUUUUUAAACCACGGUGUUAUUCAACGAAAGAAAAGAGCUUCACGGUGAUCACUGAUAUAUAAGAUAUACAAAGCCAAACGACAACACCAUGCCCGCACAAUCCAAAACAACGAGUGGCACACAGACACAAAACGGUUGUCCGUUUACAGGGUCUACCAACACAGCUCCGCGGAGAGCACUCCGUCUGACCGACCACCUGAAAGACACACACUUGACCGAUACUUUACACCUGAAAGCAACCAAUGUUAGCCCCUGUAGUUCAGGAAAGUGCAUGGGCUCAGUCGUGCAGCAGAGACAGCCUUUUCCACCAGAUUACAAGAGGCCGAAGGAUGAAGUACUGGAACAGGCGAAGGAGUUUAUCGACGACUACUAUGCUUCACUGAAAAAAGCUAACAGUGCGGAACAUGAGAAGCGAUGGCAGGAUAUCCAAGCCCAGGUGUCAGAGACAGGUCUGUAUGACCUGGAGUAUGAUGAGCUGUUGUACGGAGCCAAGAUGGCCUGGAGAAACGCACCCAGGUGUAUCGGGCGCUACCAAUGGAACAACUUACAGGUUAUCGACUAUCGUAAUGUCAAGACAGCCAAGGAAAUGUUUGAUGCCGUCUGCGAUCACGUGAGAUACGCAACCAAGGAUGGACAGAUGAAGACUGCCAUCAGUAUUUUCCCCAUGCGAACAGACGGGAAACACGACUGGAAGUUCUGGAACAAGCUUCUGUUCCAGUACGCCGGGUACGAACAGCCCGACGGUUCUGUUAUCGGAGAUCCUGGCAGCUUGGAACUCACCAAGGUCUGCCAGAGUCUAGGAUGGAAGGGAAAAGGAACUCCAUACGAUUUUCUGCCGGCCAUUGUCUCUGCUAAUGGAGAAGACCCAGUGGUGUUUGACUGGCCUGAAGACGUGCCACUGGAACUGGAGCUCAGACAUCCAAAACAUGACUGGUUUGAAGAGCUGGCCAUCAAGGUGAACUGUAUCCCGAUGCAAGGAGACAUGCUAUUCGACGUUGGCGGCAUGCAGUUUCCAGCUUGUCCAAUCACAGGCUGGUUUCAAAGUACGGAACCGGUGCGCGAUCUGUUGGACGAAAACAGAUACAACAUGACAGAGAUGAUCGCCAAGAAGUUGGGGUACGACACUUCCAGGUACAACUCUCUGUGGAAGGACGCUGCCUUCCUGGAAGUGCACAUUGCUGUUCUACACACUUUCCAGAUGAACGGAGUGAUGACCCAGGACCCGCACACCCUGACUGAGAGUUUCAUGAAGCACAUGGAGAGAGAACACCGCCUGCGCGGCGGCUGCCCCUCAGACUGGGUCUGGAUCGUUCCUCCCUCCUGCUCUUCUCUCACUCCCGUCUUCCACCAGGAGAUGCUGAACUAUCACCUCAGACCUGCUCUGGAGUACCAGGCAGCAGGAUGGACGAUUCACACAUGGAAAACUCCCCCGACUGCCCCAGUCUUCACACAGUACAUCAGGACUAAGGAACGCUGCAGUUUCAAGGCAGCAGCCAUGGCUGUGAUGUUUGCUGCAGGACUGAUGAGAAAGACCCUGAACAGGAGAGUGAAGUCCACCAUACUGUUCGCCUCCCAGACGGGAAAGGCUGAGACAUUUUCCCACUCCCUGUGUGACCUCUACAAACAUGCAUUCCAUGCAAAGGUGGUCUGCAUGGAUGAGUAUGACAUGACACAACUGGACAAAGAACAGCUGGUCAUCAUUGUCACAAGUACCUUCGGGAAUGGAGAUCCACCAGACAACGGCAAGAUCUUUGCACGUGCCCUAAUGCAAAUGAAGAACCAGAAAGAUCAAACCAGUCCAGACAACGGCCCACUGAGCUCUGUCAGGUUUGCAGUCUUUGCACUUGGUUCCCGUGCCUACCCCCACUUCUGCGGUUUCGGCCACAGUGUGGACACACUCCUGGACCAGCUGGGGGCUCAACGAAUCCAUGCCGUGGGCGAAGGGGACGAACUUUGCGGUCAGGAGGAGUCAUUCCGCACUUGGGCAGAGAGUGCAUUCAAGUCUGCAUGUUUGAGUUACGAUGUUGGACAUGGGGUUGACAUGAACGAAGCCACCGCUAAUCUCCUGGGCAGUGAUCUGAGCUGGGCACCCGACAAGUUCCGACUUGUACAGGCCAAGAGUAACAAGGACACAGACUUACUGGAAGGUUUGUCCACUGUGCAUCGUAAGAACGUUGUACCUUGUACCUUCAUUUCGCGAACCCAACUACAGGCACCUGAUUCAAGUCGACAGACAAUCUUGGUUCAACUGGACACGAAGGGCCGCGAAGAGUUGAAGUUUUCACCCGGCGACCAUCUUGGCGUCUUCCCAGCCAAUGAGGGCCAUCUUGUGCAGAGGAUUCUGGGUAGAAUUGAUGGUGGUACCAAUCCGGAUGAUGUGCUUGAAAUAGAAGCACUACACAAGAAGACUGUUGCAGCUGUGGUGACAAAAACGUGGAUGCCUUUUGAGCGGUUGCCGCCAUGUUCCCUGCGUACGGCCCUGUCGCGGUACCUGGACAUCACCACGCCCCCCUCCCCACAACUGCUGGGCAGUCUGGCCAUGCACACCAACGACACUGCGGAGAAGGCAGGACUACAGGAACUCGCUAAGGGUGGUACAAAGUAUGAGGACUGGAAGUUUGAGCAUGCCCCGACCCUGCCAGAGGUACUACAGGAGUUCCCGUCCCUGACUGUACCGCCGGCACUGCUGCUGAGUCAGUUACCGGUCCUGCAGCAGCGCUACUAUUCCAUCAGCUCCUCCCCACACAUGUACCCUGGUCAGAUCCACGCUACACUGGCUGUGGUCAGCUACAGGACACAGGGAGGAAAAGGUCCCACACACAAUGGUGUCUGCUCUUCGUGGUUGAACAGGAUUGAGGAGGGAGAAACUGUCCCCUGCUUCGUGAGAACGGCGAAGAAUUUCCACCUGCCUGAUGACCCCUCUGUGCCGGUGCUGAUGGUAGGUCCCGGUACAGGUAUUGCUCCGCUCCGCAGCUUCUGGCAACAACGACAGGCAGAGAUCAAGUCAGGUAACCGUCACCAUGGUGACAUGACCCUGGUGUUUGGCUGUAGACAGUCUGAGACAGACCACAUCUACCGGGAGGAGACAGCUCAGGCUCAGACAGACGGAGCUCUGACGGACAUCUAUACAGCCUACUCCAGGGAACCAGGCAGGCCAAAGACCUAUGUCCAGCACAUCUUACACAACCAGCUGUCCAAGAGAGUCCAGGAGCUACUGGACAGUGAUGGACACAUCUAUGUCUGCGGUGAUGUGGCCAUGGCUGACGAUGUCUGCACAACUGUGCAGAAAAUAUUGGAGGAAAAUUCCGCAAUGACAUCUACAGAGAGCGAAGCCUUCAUCAGAAAUCUGAAGGACUCCAACCGCUAUCAUGAAGACAUCUUUGGUGUGACUCUGAACACAAAGGCAGUUAGAGAGGCAGCUCGAAGUAUCGAGCCAGCCGAGAGCACGGCAAAUGGACACAACAUCGGCAAUGGUCAGUGAAGUGGUGAACAACUGACUAUGCACUUAUUUACACCUGUCUAUAGGAUGAAUCCUUCUCAUCAUAGGCAAGGCAACAGAUAAUGUUUUAAGUUGUCAGAACUUGAUGGGAUAUAUCAAUGAGUUACAAAAAUACACAAAGGUUUUUCAAGUAUGGAUCUUUAAGUAUUGUGUGAUAUUGUUAUUAUCAAUUGCAUUUUUGAGUAAGGGAUUAUGAAUUUAAUAGUCAUAUUAUUGCUUAAAAUGCAUAACAUAUUUUGGCUUUAUUUCAUUUGAUUUUUGAUGACACCCAUGUGUGCAUCAGUUUUUUAAAUAUUUUUAUAAUAGAAAUAGGACAAGACUUGUACAUUAGUACAUCAACAUGGCAGUUCAGAAAUUGUCACAACAGUUGAAUCGAACUGCUGUAUCUGUGGUGGAAGUUUUGACUAUU